CGGCAUUUGGCCAGAUGGUCCAUCAGUUCGUCUUGUUGAUUGUUCAACAUUUCCCUCCCCCUUUUUUUUCCGUCUCUGAAUCUGUCACCAUCCCCCGGACACGAUCUUUGAAGAAGAUAUAUAACCAAUUGAUCCCAUUCAGUACCUAAUAAAUAGGAGACACCCUCUUUCCGCACUAUGAGCGCCGCCCCAGAAACCCAAGCUGCGCCUGCUGCUGAGGCUCCAGCUGGCAAUAUCCCAGUUCAGUCGCAGACAGCUGAAUCCACCGUAUCCGGCAACGAGCCCGUCGAGCACCAACAAAACAUUGAGCUGGAGUUGCCUAUCUCCGCCGCAGAUGGUCUCAUCCAGAAGCCCUUCGCCCGCCCUUUGAAUACCGCAAAGCCUACUCCGCCAGCGCAACUCACACCCGACCAGCAAGCCAAGUACGCCGAAGUUUUCAAGACGGUCUCCGCCUGGACUGAGCUACCGACGACCUCGGCCAAGAAUGCCCCAACGGCCCCUCUCACCGACAAUGAGCGCAUGUUUAUAACUCGCGAGUGUAUCCUACGAUACCUGCGCGCGAGCAAGUGGAAUGUGUCUGAGGCCGCUACCCGUUUGCAGCGCACUCUGGUCUGGCGCCGCGAGUAUGGGGUGGAGAAGUUGACGGCCGAUUACAUCUCCGUGGAGAACGAGACGGGGAAACAGGUUAUCCUGGGUUAUGACAUUGAGGGACGUCCCUGCCUCUAUCUCAUUCCAUCCAAUCAAAACACAGAGACUAGUGACCGCCAGAUCGAGCAUUUGGUCUUCAUGCUGGAGCGUGUGAUCGAUCUCAUGGGGCCUGACCAGGAAACGUUGGCUCUUCUCGUCAACUUCAAGGAAACCAAGUCCGGUCAGAAUGCUACCAUCGGCCAGGCCAAGCAGACUCUCAAUUUCCUACAGAACCACUACCCAGAGCGGAUGGGCCGGGCGCUCGUCAUCAACAUGCCGUUCCUCAUCAAUGGAUUCUUCAAAAUCAUCACCCCAUUCAUCGACCCCCAGACCCGGCAGAAGCUCAAGUUCAACGAAGACCUGCGCCAGCAUGUGCCUCCAGAGCAGCUGAUGAAGUCAAUGGGUGGAGACGUCGAAUUUCGCUACGACCAUGCCACUUACUGGCCCGCUCUGAACAAGCUUGCGGACCAGCGCCGAGCAGCCUACAAAUCACGGUGGAUUCAGGGUGGUAAGCGCAUCGGAGAGUUUGAAAACUAUCUCAAGACCGGCACCAGCCCCAGCCUGGCUCAGUCUGAGGGAACAUCCAAUGGAGCGGUGGGUGAGACGCAAUCUACCGCUUAGAGCAUCAUUGAAGAACUCUAUCCUGAGGCCGUACAUGCUGUUUUUCGAGCAUGUUACAGACUGUCUGAGGGCGCCAACUUUCCGUAAAUAGACCGUGUCUUUCCCGCAUUAUACCUGAAUUCGCUCGCCCUGAGUCUCGCAUAUCCGGGGUCUCAAUCGACUCAUCAAAAUAAUAGAGAAUAUAAUUAGAAGGAUGUAUGGU